UCUGCUGCACCACACCCCCCACCCAUCUCUCCCUCCCCAGAACGACCACCCUCACCCAGAAGAAACCCUUUCAUACAAACACUUUAACUGUUCUCGCUAAGCAGAGGGGUCUGCUCGGUGCACUUUUGGUGCUUUUGCUGGAAAUUAAAACGCAGUUUUUGGCGCAACAGGUGACAGUUGAGAAACUUUUUUUCCGCCCUUGGAAUCAGAGCAUCAUCACCGCAGCGGGCGUGAUUAUAAGAGAGUGUUGGGAAGCCAUGCUGUAACGUGAAGAAACGGAACUUGAGUUUACGGAGCGUUUGGAGUGAGACCAUGCAGACGCAGCGCAGCAGAGGACAGAGAAAUCAGAGGCUGCUGCUUCUGUGCCUCUCUCUCACCAUUCUCUACCCCGGAGUUGACGCAGGUGGGAAGAAGCACAGUGGCCCGUGUGGAGGAAGAGACUGCAGCGGAGGCUGUCAAUGCUUCCCAGAGAAGGGUGCCAGGGGUCUACCUGGGCCUCUUGGUCCUCAGGGCUUUGUGGGUCCAGUGGGUCGACCAGGAGAUCCUGGUAUUCAGGGACCAAAGGGGCAGAAAGGUGACCAAGGAAUUGGUGGCAUCGUAGGUCCUAAAGGCAGUAUGGGAAUGACCGGCGUUCCAGGGUUCGAUGGACUCGAUGGUAUUCCGGGCCAUCCGGGACAGGCCGGGCCCAGAGGAAGGCCAGGAGCAGACGGCUGUAACGGGACUCAUGGUGAAUCAGGACUACCUGGACUUCCCGGCUUCAUCGGACCACCUGGAACUCUUGGACAACAAGGAAGAAAGGGGGAGAAGGGGGACACUCUGGACAUCAAAGUGUUCAUGCAGCGCUUCAGGGGCGAUCCAGGCACACCGGGAUCCAGUGGAAUAUUUGGGCCAAUGGGAGAACGAGGAUGGGAAGGUAACAGAGGCCCAAUAGGACCAAAGGGUCCUCCUGGUCCUCCAGGUCCCCCAGGGCCAAAGGGCACAAUGACCAAAUAUUUAAAGGGAGUCAAAGGAGAACCGGGUGACAUCGGACCACAAGGGCCGCCAGGAAACUACACGACUCAGCAGCGUCAGCCGAUCCCUGGACAACCUGGAUUAAAAGGUGACAAAGGAGAAAUAGGAGCUCUGGCUGACAACAAAGGAGAAACUGGUAUGAUGGGAAACGCUGGAUUGCGAGGUGACAGUGGUAGAGAUGGGCUUACUGGACUGAGGGGCGAUCCUGGUGAACCAGGACCGACAGGCAGAGAUGGCACUAAGGGAGUCAGAGGUGAUCCAGGAGAGUUGAUUUCAUCGGGAUCUUGGUUUACACCUGAUGGUCCCCCUGGACCCCCUGGUGAGACUGGUCCACAAGGAGAGAGGGGUCCAAUUGGAGACCAGGGUUUUCCUGGACCACCUGGACCUCCUGCUUCUGACUCACAACAACAGCAAGUGUGGGACUUCUUUGGACCGUUUGGCUUUACUGGAGACAAAGGAGACAAAGGUCAACGAGGAGAACGAGGAUGGCCUGCUGUCUUUGCAGGACCCCCAGGAAUCGAUGGGCGUGUUGGGCCAAUAGGACCGCCAGGACCGAAAGCAUCGUUGGAAGUGUUGUUUGCUGGAGAUCCAGGAUGGAGGGGACAACCUGGAAGGGGAGGCUUAAAGGGACAGAAAGGCGAUCAUGGACAAUGUGAGUGCAAGCUCGGAAACUUCCAGCGUGGUUUGCCUGGUCCUGCUGGCGAUCCCGGGGAUGCUGGGAUAAUUGGAGAGUUUGGUCGUGAGGGUGAUUUGGGAGACACGGGUCCCAGAGGACAGGAUGGACUUCCUGGAUCUCCUGGUACCAAUGGCCUUCAAGGACCAAAAGGUCGAAAAGGAAACACAACUGUUGCCACACAAAAAGGCCUCCCUGGUGACCCUGGAGAAGCAGGAAAAGAUGGUCCCGCAGGAGUCCCCGGUUCUCCAGGCCCAGACGGGCUUUCUGGUUUCCCUGGCAACCGUGGUUUGCCAGGAGAAGGACCCAGAGGGCAACAUGGGGACAAGGGGUACCCAGGGCGGCCUGGUGCACCAGGUGCAGCCGGGCUUAGGGGAGUCCCGGGUCAAGAUGUUACAGGUAUCAAAGGACAGCGGGGUUUACCUGGAGAUGAUGGUAUCUCCGGCUACGUUGGAGUUCCAGGCACACCCGGAGCUCCAGGCGGCUGUAGUCCAACAGGAGAAGGAGGACAGGUGGAUGUCACAGGCCCUUGCCAACCUGUUCCAGGACCUCCAGGUCUCCCUGGAGUUCCAGGGGUCAGUGGACCACCAGGUGCACAAGGACUUCCUGGACUAAAGGGGGCAGUUGGUGUAGCUGGAGCCAAGGGAGAAAAGGGGGAGCAGGGGGAGCAGGGCACAGGUGGCAGUUCUGGACCACCAGGUUUUCCUGGUCCUCGUGGAGAUCAUGGAGUUCCUGGCAGAAAAGGUUCCAUAGGAGUUCCCGGUUUUCCAGGUCAUUCUGGUCGAUAUGGUGUUCAGGGUGAAAAGGGUAGUCAUGGUGAAGUAUUAGGAGCAUCACCUGGAUCCCAGGGUGAUCCAGGACUACCAGGUGAUCAAGGUGAAAAAGGCCCAAUUGGAAAUCCAGGGAAUCCAGGCUACUCGGGUAUGGGGGGCAUGCCUGGUAUGAUCGGCUUUAAGGGGGAGAAAGGUUCCCCAGGCCUGAUAGGGGAAGAGGGACGACCUGGGCCAGCAGGGACACACGGUUUCCCUGGGGAUCCAGGAAGAGUGGGUCUGCCUGGGCCAUUUGGUGAAACUGGCCAGCCAGGAAUCACAGGGGACAGAGGAACACAAGGAGAUCCUGGUCCUCCAGGUCCAACAGGAUUAAAAGGGACACCAGGUGAACAUGGUGAUUUUGGUGCCACUGGAGAGCCCGGCCUACCAGGUGACCCAGGGCAACCAGGUGGAAGUGGACGACCAGGACAUCCAGGAUUGAAGGGAAGCAAGGGGUCUCACGGCAUGUCAGGAUUUGAGGGAAUGAUGGGUAAUCCAGGGCAGAAGGGUCUAGGUGGGCUUAAAGGAGAAGCUGGAGUGAGCGGUGAAGUUGGUCUCAAAGGACUUUUAGGCAAACAGGGAGCAAAAGGUGAGCGUGGUCUGACAGGGCCACGUGGGGCCAUUGCUGUUCAAAUGCUUGUCAACGUGAAGGGAGCCAAGGGAGACCACGGACAUCAAGGCAUGCCAGGGUUCACUGGGCCAAGAGGUUCAAAAGGAGUAUAUGGUGUGCCAGGAUUUCCUGGAUCAGAUGGUCUUCCAGGAGAACCCAGCAAAGAGAAAGGUCAGCGAGGUGAUCCCGGAGCACAGGGGUUACCCGGCUUCAAAGGAAUGCCAGGUAUAACAGGAAACAGAGGAAUCACGGGCUUCGAGGGAAUGUCUGGCAACAAGGGAAUCAAAGGAAGUCCUGGUGCCUAUGGAGCAUUAGGUGAAGAUGGAAGGAAGGGGGCCAAAGGUGAUAAAGGCCUUCGCAUAGACCUUCCAGGAAACCCUGGACUAAGAGGAGAGGAUGGAUUUGCAGGGGAACCAGGUCUGAAGGGAUUAAGUGGACCAACUGGGGACAUGGGUCCUACUGGUUUUGAUGGCAUUGAGGGAAUAAAGGGAACAGUGGGUGAUCCAGGACUAGCGGGAAUUCCAGGCUCAGAUGGACAGAAAGGUACUCCUGGUAAUCAAGGUCAAAAGGGUUUCCCUGGAAUUCCUGGGAAAGAGGGACAACCGGGCUUCCCUGGCUUCUCUGGAAUCAAAGGUUAUCCUGGACUUAAGGGUCUCUAUGGGCUACAUGGUCUAAAGGGUCACAAAGGGGACCAAGGAACACCAGGUUUGGAGGGUUUUGGACGCCCUGGGGAGCCGGGACAUAAAGGGCAAAAGGGGGAGGGCGGAGUCCACAAUGACCAGCCAGGUUUUCCAGGUGCAGUGGGUUCUAAAGGUUACCAGGGGCCUCAAGGUGACAUUGGCCAUCCUGGACAGCCAGGACUCCCAGGACUUGCGGGACCAGAUGGGACCCCAGACAUACCAGGACAGAGAGGAGAUCCUGGAUUUUCAGGACCAACAGGACAUCAAGGUGUUCCUGGUUCCAGAGGAUUGCCAGGCUUGGAUGCUCUUCCGGGAGAAAGGGGUGUACAAGGAGAACCCGGGGCUCCUGGAUUCCCGGGUACUAAAGGAUUCAGAGGGGAUCCAGGUCAAUCUGGAUACAAAGGCCCCCACGGUGUCUCUGGAAGAAAAGGGGUGAAAGGAGAUCAAGGUGUCAUGGGGGUUCCUGGUCAGAUUGGAACAAAAGGAGAUAGAGGACCAUCGGGUCCGAAAGGAAACACUGGAAUACCAGGCUUUCCUGGACCAACAGGUAACCGAGGUCCUGCCCCGUUACCUGUUAUAACUCCAGGUGAGAGGGGUCCUCCAGGAGUGCAGGGUAUCAUGGGACCAAAGGGGAACAGAGGAGAACCAGGACCACAAGGGCCACCUGGAGAUUCAGGGUUCAUGGGGCCCAUUGGAGAGAGAGGCAUGCCUGGGAUUAGUGGUACUCCUGGAGUUCCUGGAUUCCGUGGAGAACCUGGACAUAUGGGUCACUUCGGUCUGCAGGGCAAGGAAGGGUACCGUGGUAACCCUGGUAUCCCCGGGUUUCCUGGUAUGCCUGGCCGCAGUGUCAGCGUUGGUUACUUGCUAGUGAAACACAGUCAGUCAGACCAGACCCCCAUGUGUCCCGUGGGAAUGUCCAAACUGUGGGAUGGCUACAGCCUACUGUACUUCGAGGGCCAGGAAAAGGCCCACAACCAAGAUCUUGGUUUGGCGGGUUCCUGCCUCCCGAGGUUCAGCACUAUGCCCUUCCUCUACUGUAACCCCGGAGACCUUUGCUAUUACGCCAGCAGAAACGAUAAGUCCUUUUGGCUCUCUACCACUGCGUCUCUUCCCAUGAUGCCCGUUGAGGAAUCAGAAAUCAAACCAUACAUCAGUCGCUGCUCCGUAUGUGAAGCGCCAUCAGUGGCGAUUGCAGUUCACAGUCAAGACAUCACCAUCCCACAGUGUCCUGCAGGAUGGCGCAGCCUGUGGAUUGGCUACUCCUUCCUCAUGCACACAGCAGCAGGAAACGAAGGCGGUGGCCAGUCCUUGUCGUCUCCCGGUUCCUGCCUGGAGGACUUCCGCACGGCUCCAUUCAUUGAGUGCAACGGGGCCAAAGGCACGUGUCACUACUUCGCUAACAAAUACAGCUUCUGGCUGACCACUACGGAGCAGGAGUUCCACUCUCAGCCGGCAUCACAGACACUCAAAGCGGGCCAGCUUCUUUCACACAUCAGCCGCUGUCAGGUCUGCAUGAAGAACCUGUGAGGGACGCCUCACCACAGCUCCAACAGCAAGAUCGGAUCUGAUCCAAUCAGACUACAAGGAGACUUGUAUGAUUCUCCUGAGCUAUGCAAGGACUCUGUGAUGCCUUCAGGAUGCACUGUAAAUAAAACAAUUGUCCAGCAAUACGAACAGCAAAAUUAUGGGACAAAUGUUAAUAUGUUGUGUUAAAUGUCUACAGGUGCUUUAUUUUUAACUUAUUACCUCAGCUAUGAUUAUUAACCAUCAGAAACUACAGCGGAACCAAAGAUGCACAUAUCCAUAUAAACAUGAAGCCACUAACUGCCUGUCAGCCACAAUUUUUUUAAGCCUGGUUUGUUUUUCUGACGCUUGUACAAAGCAUAGAUUUUUUAAAUUACAGUUAUCUUUUAAUGCAUUUAACAUCAACUGCAGAAUUAUCUUGUUGUCCACAAAAUGCACUGAUUCUGUUUAUGUUGUGAAUGAACAUUUGUAAAAGUCAAUCUUUCCAUGCUUCCCUCAUUUUUAUCAACAGAUUUAGUUGCAUAAAUAUUUGGAGGAUCACAAAUCAGUUCAGAGUUUGACAUAAAUGCUAAAUGUUUUGCAUCAAGUCAACUGUUUAAAAAUUCACAAAUAAAACAUAAAAAUGG